CGCGACAGGUUCCGGAUGUGUAGACUCUUCGUGAUGGCGAUGGUUGGUUCCGCCGCGGUGUCUGGGGCAGGGACGCCAGUGGCGGGACCCACAGGCCGCGACCUCUUCGCGGAGGGGCUCCUUGAGUUCCUGCGGCCGGCGGUGCAGCAGCUCGACUCCCACGUCCACGCCGUCAGAGAGAGCCAGGUAGAGCUCCGAGAACAGAUUGACAACCUCGCUACAGAACUGUGCCGAAUCAAUGAGGAUCAGAAGGUGGCCCUGGAUUUGGAUCCCUAUGUUAAGAAGCUACUUAAUGCCAGACGACGAGUUGUCUUGGUCAACAACAUUCUACAGAAUGCCCAGGAACGGCUUCGGAGGCUAAACCAUAGUGUUGCCAAAGAAACAGCCCGCAGGAGGGCCAUGCUGGAUUCUGGAGUUUACCCCCCAGGCUCCCCAAGCAAGUAACAGCACAGAAGAUGGGCCUGUGACCUGAGUAGCACAAGUAGCAUCCCCAGCUUCCUUGUCUCCAGAUUUAAGAAGACUCUGGAAGCAAUCCCUGUAGGCCUUGGAACACCAAAAAGGCAACCUUGUGGUUUGAAGCACUCAUUCAUGUAGGAGCCCUAAGAAACCUAUGUACAGCAACACUUGGCCUCCCAAAGGACUUAUACUACACUUUGCUUUCUUCCCAAGAAUCAGCUGAAGCUUCUACAUUUUUCUGAAGUCUGUAUAUCCCAAGCUCAUCUUUUCUAGACUUAACAAUGGAGUGUCCUUUGUUACAUAUUUGGUUUCUUAAGACCUGGGCACUGGGCAGCAUGUUCCUUGUGGCUUCUUGUUCCUUUGUUUACAAUGAGAAUUCAGAGGACCAGCUCUGUCUGCCCCCUUAUGAACUGCACUGGCUUGAAUAUAGUAGCAGUAAAGCUAGAACUAUUUAAUUCAAUAAAUGCUUAAAUGAUUUUCUAGUUUA